CGUCUGUCUCUAAGUGUCACUUCUUGUUUCCUUCAGUUAAGUAUAAUAGAAUGACAUUUCACUUCGUCUACUGUUUUUUUGUAUAAGGAAUCUUGCAAACCUCAACAUUGCAACAACUUAGACGUCAAGGAUUUUGUUAAUUUAUGUCGACAAGCCAACGAACAAUGACUCUAUGGAGUACAGUGCUACUCUAUAUUGUGUAUAUUAAUCAAGUGUGCGGAGAGGAAUAUAUAAUGGGUUACGUUGGCCAAUCUGUUGUCUUGAAAUCCGGAGUAGACCAAUCAUGGAAUAUCACUAGAGUUCAAUGGUCCAUUUAUAUAAACACAACAUUUAUUGCAAGUCUUAAUAAUGGCAAAAUCAAUACAGACAGGUUUUGGAGACACAAUGGUCGACUUGAGCUCAACCGCACAACAGGGGAUUUAACAAUCAAAGAUGUGAGGAUGGAUGACAACAUGAUAUACACUGUUGCCCUGCUAAACUCAAAUGAUGAUCGGGUAAAUGCUAGAGUUAAUCUAACAGUCCAAGAACGACUCAUGAAGCCGGAUAUCCAGAAUGCAUUGAAAAUCAGCAAAGAUGGGCAGUGUCACAUUGUACUUAAGUGCAUUCCUUCUGGUAAAAAUGUCAUUUUGUCAUGGACACCUGUGGGCAUGUUCAACGGAUCCUAUAUUUCAGGAAGCCCAAAAUCUAUAGACUCUAUUCUUUGGAUGUCAUUUAGCGUGAACAGAAGCGUAACCUUCAACUGUACAGCCUCCAGUGGUCAACAGAAUGAAUCAAGUCAAAUAACGGUGGAAUGUACAGAGGAGAACCAGAAGCCUAAAGUCUGCAGUGUGUGCAGUUCAUGUGCUUUCAUGGUCUUUAUUGCUAUUGUGUUAAUAGCUGUGUUUUGUGGUUUACUAUAUGCCUUGAAAGACAAGAUUAAAGCUGCCUGGGAAGAUGGCCACCACUACGUCUUCCAGAGUAUAUAUACAUGUUAACAACAUACCCGCAUGUAAUGAACACCGUUGAUAAUGGUACAACUGAUGGCUUUUAAAUGUACAUUUCAAUAAAUGAAUCAUGGCUGCUCUUUUUUUUUUAAAUACAUUGUCUAUGCACCUUUGUUCAUCUGUUUGACGACACAAAAAAAAAAUGUCCAUGUAAAUUUUUUUAGUCAAUAUUGUUAUGGUGAAUGGCUAUUGUAGUAAGCAAUCACUUGAGUGUGAUUUAUUCUGUACAUUUUACAUUCCCACGUAGACAAGAACCCACGCAAUGAAUAUGUAAAUUCACAAGUAUUCUUAGUGGUGCUUCUGUCUGGUUAAGGUCAUUGUGAAUGCUGCUUUUGUACAGUAAAGGAGAAGUGUUCAACUUUAGCUAGAACUGAAAACAUCCCAUUUUCUCAGCAGAUUUGUUUAUGAGUUAAUACAUUCAAAGAUGUGCUUCAAGAAAAGAUAUCCUAUCAGAUUUUCCAACCUCCUGCAUAUUUACAUUUAUGCAUUUGGCAGACGCUUUUAUCCAAAGCGACUUACAGUGCAAUUAUUACAGGGACAAUCCCCCCGGAGCAACCUGGAGUUAAGUGCCUUACUCAAGGACACAAUGGUGGUGGCCAUGGGGUUCGAACCAGCGACAUGGUUGAUUAAUCUUGCUGAUUAACAGACCUGUGCUUUAGCCACUACGCCGCCACCACUCCAUACGCAUAUGCGUUUGAACAAAAUGUGCAACACAUACAAUUUGUGGGGCCUCCCAUGAACCAUGAGACGUGGGGCCCUUACACAAGUAGUGACAUCAUGCAUGAAGGUUUGGAGCUGAUACAUGUAAGCAAAGAAACAUAAAGAGCAACUCAUACAGUUCAAAAGUAACCCGUACAACUCAUACAUAACAAUGGGAUAUAGU